AUGGGCAGUGUAUACCUUGAUCUGGGGCUUUCGCCGACAGACUUCAACGAAACCUUGAAGAAGUUCCAAUGGGAAAAGCUUACCCAGGGAAAGGCCGACAAGGAUUUUGAUUUUGAGAUCCUCUGGGAUAAUAUCAAAGGGCUGUAUUGGUCUGGGUUAGAGCGUGAGAUGGCAGCGGCCAUUAUUGCAUUCGCAGAGUUCGAAGAGCACCAACCAACCAGUCUCCCCACUGAGGACUUUGAAUCAGCAAGUCUCAAGACGGAUCAUUUAGGGGAUCUCAUCAAUCUUUGGAGUCCAUUCAAUCCAAAAACUAUGCUUGGGGCACAGCUUGGUGGUCCUAGUGAGAUUCAUCGUCUGGAAGAACGCGUUCAAAGACGAGUAUCCGAUGAGUUUGAGUGUCUCUCACUCGAAGAGAGACGUGCGCAGGGGUUUCUACAAUCUUUGGGCCUGACAGAUGUCGACUUUGUCAGAGAAUAUCGCCGUCCGACAUUCAGAUCCCUAGGUCAGCGGCCACAGAUAAAAGCUGACGAAGAUGAGUAUUUCCUGGAUGCGGUCCAGUGCUCAAACUGCCGGCAUUGUGUACGAGCAUUUCACUGGUUUGAAUGCGUUUCUGGCUGCCAAGAUAGCGAAGCCAAAACCAACAUGUUCUCUGUCUCUCCACCUCAACAUAAGGACUCUGACAACGAAGCGGAGGUAGACCUUGGCCAACACGUCCACCAAAUGAUGCUCGCCAAGUCCCAAGAGUACAACGUACCUUACACCCUGUGCCCUCCUUGUUUCGAAAAGGCUCCGCACCCAUAUGAACAUCUCGAAGUUAAGAGGAGAUUCCCCGAAGGAAAGUUUGUCAAUUCGAAGCGAGCGGACUUUGGCUUGCAACUGGACAUGUGGGAGGAUCAGAUGGAUGGACGUUUGCUAAUGGGCUUUGGAGCGUUAUCACUGGAUCGGCUUGCUUCUGGAUCGUCCAUGUUCUCACGCGCUUCAACGCGGAACAUCUUCCCUGCCGGAAAUACUCACUCCUCCAUUAUGUUCGGGCCAUUAAUCAUUGAAAACGGCAGUGAAUAG